UGUGUGUGUUUCAGCUGCAUGCAGGCCCUGCGCUGAUGAGGAGCUGCUGAUGGCGAUCUGCACCAGUGACUUCGUGGUGCGCGGCAGUGUUCAUCACGUGGAGGAGGAGGAGGAUGAAGGUGAGGCGUCAGUGGUGUUGUCGUUGAGUCACGUGUACCGUCAGAAGAGCCGUGUGUUUGUGUCCGGUGGCGGGGAGCGCGGGCGCGGACGGUGGACGGGUCGUGUGAAGACACCGCGGCGGUGCGGCCCGCGAGCAGGACAGGGCGAGCUCCUCUUCACGGGCGCCGUGCGGUUCCAGGAAGCGUGGCUGGGAUGUGCUGCUCUCUAUGAAGACUUCAUCAGACUCUACCGAGCGUCUCUGGACGCGGGAACAAACCCCUGCCACAUAGACACAGACUGAGAGACGCACAAACAGACCUCUGCUGGUGUUAAACUGUGCACUCGGGGUGAAUCUCAGCAGAACAUACCUUCUUUUUUUGUUCAUGCUUCAGUCCGGGUCACAUUUUAUCCCAAAAUCCAAUGAAAUAAAUAAGAAAUUAUAUUUAGUAUUAAUUAUUUUAGAACCAGUUUUUGAGAUAAUUUUAAUAAUAAUUAAACACAUUGCCCCUCCAAAAUAACUGCUUCAUCCAGAGGCUUUUUUAAUUUUUAUUUAUGAUUCAUAAUUUUCAGAUGGGGUUUCUUUAGAUGAAUUACUGUCAAAUGUUUCAAUUUUACAGUAAUACUGUUCUUUAAUCAGCAUAAAUUAAAUUGAAAUUCAAUACUGUAAAUCCUGCCAUUAUGUAUGAAUAUUUCAUUUACUUUAACUUUGCUGAUAUAAUAAUAAUAAUAAUAAUUAUUAUUAUUAUUAUAAAUUAUAUUAUUCAUAUUAUUAUUACAAUUGUUAUUAAGCUUGAUUUGUGAAUAAUAAUUAAACAUAUUUAAACAAAACUUAAUAAUGCAUGUUUUGUGAACCAAAACACUAUCAUAAUGUUAGAAUCAUAAUAAUAAUGUGAGGAAAAAACAAUAACAUAGGAUUUAAAUAGUGAAAUAAUUGUAUAUAAUGGCUUUAUUUGUAUUGCUAAAUUUAAAUCAUGUUUUUUUUUUUUUUUUUUUUUUUUUU